GAGAGCCUGCAGGAAUCCACCAAGUCCACACACGAGGCAAAAUGCGCUGAGGGGACGUGUGCGUGGAGCUCGGUUUGAUGACCAGAGGUUUCCUUCACACGGCGGCGACACCGAGUCAAGAGAGAAACACGAGAAGCGCAGCGGACAAGUUGUGAUUCCAGAGGAAAAUCCGAGGGGGAGAUGAAUACCAACGAUGCCAAGGAGUACCUCGCCCGGCGGGAGAUACCUCAACUCUUUGAGAGCCUGCUGACAGGUUUGAUGUACUACCGGCCCGAUGACCCCAUCGACUACCUGGAGGCCUGCCUGCAGAAGGUCCGGGAGCUGGGAGGGGCGGACAAGGUGCGGUGGGAUACCUUCGUGGGCCAGGAGAAGAAGUCCCUUCCCCCGCUCAACGGGAGCCAAUCACGCAGGUCCCUCUUCAGAAAUGUGUUGCCCGACAGUCCCAACUUCCCCUACAGACGGUACGACCGCCUCCCUCCCAUCAGCCAGUUCUCCAUCGAGAGCGACUCGGACCUGUCGGAGACGGCGGAGCUCAUCGAGGAGUACGAGGUGUUCGACCCGUCGAGACCACGGCCCAAAAUCAUCCUGGUCAUCGGUGGCCCUGGCAGCGGCAAAGGAACACAGAGCCUGAAGAUUGCCGAGCGCUACGGCUUCCAGUACGUGUCGGUGGGCGAGCUGCUGAGGAAGAAGAUGAUCCACAACGCCACCAGCAACAGGAAGUGGAGCCUGAUUGCAAAAAUCAUCACCAAUGGCGAGCUGGCACCGCAGGAGACCACGAUAACUGAGAUCAAGCAGAAGAUCAUGAAGAUCCCAGACGCUAAUGGAAUCGUCAUAGAUGGGUUCCCUCGAGAUGUCGGGCAGGCCUUGUCCUUCGAGGACCAGAUAUGCACCCCCGACCUGGUGGUGUUCCUGGCCCUCACCAACCACCGUCUGAAGGAGCGGCUGCAGAAGCGAGCCGAGCAGCAGGGCCGACCCGACGACAACCCCAAGGCCAUCGACCGCCGUCUGACCAACUUCAAACAAAACACCAUUCCUCUGGUGAAGUACUUCCAGGAGAGGGGCCUUAUUGUCACGUUGGAUGCCGACCGAGAUGAAGAGGAGGUUUUCUGUGACAUCAGCACGACUGUGGACAACAAGUUGUUUCCUUCCAACGAGCCGGGAGCUGGUCCCAGUGAGCUGGACCUCGGUCUACUGGGUGACAUCAGCAGCCUGGGAGAUGUGGCUUGCAAAUACACUGAGGACGUUCUGCUGGAGCUGCUGUGUGAAGCGGUGGCCUCCUCAGGGCAGCAGCGGCAGGGGAAAGGCCUCGUGAUCAGCAGCUUUCCCAGAGACCUGAGACAGGCGGAGGAGUACGAAGCAAAGGUCAAAGGCCGCACUGACGGGACUGACAUGAAACAAAAAGCCUCUCCACCGUCAAACACGUGUUGAAGUCUCAGGCCAGCAAAAUGUUACAUGAGGGAAAAGUGAAGAGAUGAAGUCAGGAGGAGAAGAUUCUGAAAACGUGUUUGACUUGAGGCUGUGACGUCAGGAUGAGUGGUAGUGUUAA